AAAGAACUAGCUGUUCAACUGGCAGAGCUGAAGACAGAAAUAGAAGACAAUGGGGUACUUCAGGAAACACCAGAUAGAGCUUACAGAAAUCCUUCUUGCUUAGUGAUCUAGAGGCUUGGACGCAGACCUGGGAACCAGAAACCUUGACUCUUUCUUUCAAUCCUGACUCCGCUGCUGACUCACUGUGUAGUACAGGAAAGCUAAUAUAAAAUUCUAAAUGAUUUUUGGAAAUUCAGUGUCGUUCUAUGUUUUAAAUCGCAAAACAAAAUUUAAAAUCUCCCUGUAGCCUUAAUUAAUCCUCUGUCACCUCUUUCAUUGAAGAGGGGUGUCUUUAAGUGUUCUAAUAUGGUUUCCUGUACAUUGCUUUUGGAUGUGAUUCUGCAGCUCAUACUGCUUGUUCUGUUCCGAUACCAAAGGACGCUUCGUAUUUCAGAAAAGAAAGGGAGGUGACACUGAAGAAAGUUUUACAGGUAGCAGAGGCAAAAUCUCUUGUUGUUCAGGCUGAUGUCAUGCAGAGGGAGCUAGAGAGCUGUCUGAGAAGAGAGUAUACAGCAGAAAGCUUACCUCUGUUAUUGCACCAGUUUUUUACAGACAGAAUUACGCAUCUGGUCCAGAGUAAAUACUUACACAUGCUUAGAUGGAAGAGAUUUUGUAGGCACAGCAGUGUUAUUGAACAGCUUUAUCCCCUCUAUCAGAAACAAAUUGGUCACAUUAUGCAGGAGUACAACGAUGCUGUUCAGAGGGCUGCGAGACUGUCGGCUGCACGACAGAACUUUCUGACUGGAAAGAAGAAUUCUGUAAAUAUAGUGACACAGGAAGACCUGGUUAUUUACAUGCAGUGGCUAGUGUGUCACCUACACUCUCUCAAGGCCAUUCACAGCUACCUUAGGGUACUCCAGUAUUUGCCUCUCUCUCACAGAAUGGAGGUGGUUAUUGAGAAACACCCUAAGGUGGCCCAGGAUAAUAGGGAGAAAUUCAGAAGUGCCACUGUGUCUGAAUCUUUAUCCUCUAAUAUUCACUUCUCUCUUUGCCCCAGCAUUUCAGGAAGAGAGGGACCACACAGCAAGGAUGCAGUAUUCACGCUGCCCCAACACACAACAGAGACUGAAGAAUUGAAACCUCAGCUCCGACUUCUGCUUUCUCACUUUGGUGUCUGCUAUGAUAUGGAGAAUCUCAAGAACUCUGCUAAUGAGAUGGAGCUUUUUCCCCUGGUCAUCCGGAAAUUUCGAAGUGUCUUCAUCAAACAGCAGACAAUGAGAACUUUUCCAGUGUAUGAUGCAGGGGUGCCUGGGGCAGAAAACUGGGGUAUUUUAGAACCUAGCAUGGCUUUGAAAAAGAGAGCCAACUGGAUUCCUUUUAUAAAGAUUAAGCCCAAAAAAGAUCCCUGGCAGCAAAAGCUUUUGGCAAAACUGAAGCAAUGGAAAAAAGUAGAUGAACUAUUGCAUCUUCAAUCAAAGUUUUUAGAGGUUUCCGACAUGGAGCAAGUGAUUGAAGUUCUCCAGGAGCAUGCGACAGAAGUGCUAGAGCCAAGUCCAGUGCGAUCAAGUUUUGUGACUUCUCACAGCUCAAGACAGCAUAACUAUGAUCGAAUCUGGGAGAGAAUUUAUAGCAACUCAGAGCUCCAGCAGGAUCAAAACACAGAGGAUAAUAAUCCUGCUGUGGCUAUGAAUGAGAAGGGUAUGGAAACUAUCAGUCUCAGCAAGAAUCCAGGAUCUUCCAGGAAGAAGAAAGAAAGAGGGUAUAGUUAUGUAACCACCUUGCAGCUGCUGGGAUUAGAUGAGGGCACAGAGGCCAACGAUAAGGACCUGAUCAUGAGGAAAGGAGCCUACUUGUCCUUCCUUUACUUGCGUCACCUGAGAAUCAGAGAGCUCCAGCGGGUCUGCCUGGGAAUCCUGAACUACUUCAGAUCUGUUGAGCGAACUUUAACAAUCAGCACCUCAGGUCUCACCCUGCAUGCUGGUAAUCUAAUCCCCAGUGCUGAAGAUACCUGUUGGGUAAAUGCUGUCAAAGGAGGCAUUGGUGUUUCUGGUGGUCUUGGUUCUCACUACUAUGUCCAUUAUACACCAGCUGACUUCAAGGUCCACAGUGCACAGUUCAUGGAGUUUUCUGAGGUGGAAAAUCAUGAUGACUUUUACACCACUCAGGAUGGAUACAUUCACACACAGGACCAGCGAGGGGCUUACAUCAUGUACGAUGCAGCUUUAAAGGACCUGAAGGACCUUGAAAAUCAGCUGCUGCUCGUGGCAAGCCACUACAUUGAACAAGAUAAAAGCUAUGUAACAUACCAUCAAUCCAGGGAUGACAAUCUCUUAGCGUGGGCGCACACAUCUGUGGAUCGAUUUGCAGUGUUGCUUGACAUUUGGACUUGUGAAGCUGCUCUCUUAGAGAAUAAACGUCAGCUUCUAGAUGGUUACUUUGAGGCUUACCAGCAUGCUCUGGAUACUGAGGAAAGAUUUGCUUUGGCCCAAGCAAUAACUGACAUCAUGCACAAACGUCCACGAUUUGAUCUCAGCCUCAGGUAUUUUGUGAACACUUACAAUGAUGAAUGCAUCUGCCUCAGGCUUCAGCUGCAGCUGGUGAGAGAGAUAUUUAGCCAACAUAUAGAUGCCCAGCAGGAAUAUGUCCAAAAGAUUUGGCGGAAAGAUCAAACAGGUGGUAUCAAUGUAUUUGGACUUCCCCAUAAUAUAAUUGCUAAGCAACUUAUCUCUCUGAACAACAGUUGCCCUACUUUGAAGAACAUUUACUUGCUGGAGUUUCACCCUUCCCUGGGCCUGGCAUCUUUAAUCCCGAAAGCUCUUGAGUACGUCUCUGAGGAGUUUUAUAGCAUCUGUAGACCAAAAACACCCAGUGAGGCAAUUAGUCUAGAAAAACAAGUACUUCGGCUUGCAGUGGAUGAAUGGCUGACCAUGGAAGAGCUUGAAUCUUCAUACAGCUCUCAAAUUCAGAAAGAUUUAUUUGCAGAUACGCUGCUGGAAGACCCACUCCUUGUGCGGGAUAUUGCUAUGUUAGCACUAGAGUCAGGAACAGAUGAAGAAAAGAAGCAAGGCAGAAUAAAACAAGACUUUAUUCUGGACAUCUUCUCCAGACUCCUGGAACUCAUCACACUCCGCCAUCGAUUGAUAGAGACAGCCCUGGAGAGUGCACAGUUGGCUAGGAUGUACAAGGCAUUUGCAGGGGAGAUGGGUUUUGAUGAGUUCCAUUUAUACUUGAGACCAAUGCACUUUGAAACAGCAUCUCACAAGGAGAAAGCAGACCAGCCCCCACCAGUAUUCAUUACAGCUCUCCUAGAAGAUGACAGUAGUGUGGACAGAUAUAUUCCAUCUAAUUUAUUGUUAAGCAUUCAAGAGAUUGACAGUAAUCAAAUUGGAAAAUUUAGCUUUCAUACAAGAGAUGGUGUUAUUCAGCUUUUGUCCCCAUCUGGAGUGGAGAACAUGCAGAUCGCCCUUGCCUGUCAAGUCACUCAAAAAAAUGCUCUUAUUGUUGCUGUUCAGCAAGCCUCAUUUUGUCACAUGAUCCAGCCUACACGUACAGUAGACAUGAAGGAAGCAAAUUUAAGUUUGAAGAGUCAAAGCAGCUCAGCAAGUGGAAGAAAUUCAAGAUCUGGAAAUGAAACAGAAAAACAGUCCCUGAUGGCUGCACCAGCAGCUUCAUAUUCUACAGGGCAUCCUUUAGAUGGACACUGGACCAUUAAAAGGCCUCCAGAAGCUUUUGUAUCCAUUCAGUUGGAGAAACUGGGGCCACGGGACAUGAUGCUGAACACGUUCAUUCAUAAGAAAGAAAUCAUGGGCAGCAGAAUGCAGAACCCUAAUGAAAAUGAAAAAAUCAAAAGAGAAGUUAUUGCUGAAUACUGUCAUAAAUUGAGCCAUCGCAUGUCACUAUAUGCCCUGCGAGGCCAGAUCAUGGCAUACUACAAUAGUCUGAAAAUCCUGCUAGAAGAUUUCCCUGUCAUUAGAGACAAAUACUUCAUGAUUGGGCUAUCUCAAGAAAAAAAGGGGAACAGAGACUCAAAGGAAAAUCUUGAAGCUGAUCCCAGGUCAUUUCAGCCACGACCACAUCGUUUGCUGUCUCCUGAUGGGCAAGCUUUCCUCAAUUUGUGGUUCAUUCCUCACCCUUCUGAGGUGCUGGUUAUGUUUAAAAUGCUUCCAGAAAAGGCUGCUUACAGAGCACUCAGGAAGAGCCUGCAGAUCGUGGCAGCACUUCAUGACAUCGUUUCAUACCUUUUCAGCUUUGCUCAAUUAGGAAAUUCCCCAAACUGUUUUGAUUCCCUAAAUCCAGAGCCUCUGACCGCAGACUGGGGAGGGAACGAAAGGAUCGGAACUGAACUUCAAGAGCUACAGAAAAUGAUUGACAGCCUUCAAAACCCCUUGGAUCCUAACAGAGUUGCCCAACUGCUAAUCAUUCAAAGAGAAGUUAUGUUUCUACAGUUUGAUGCAGCAGUCAGAUAUGUAUUACGAGAAGUAUAUUUGUCCUCCGGGAAUACUUUGGCUUACCAGAGGGUUACAGACAGUAUGCACCAUGGGCUGCCUCCCCUGAGUAACUCUGCAGUAAGGAGUGUAUUUGCCUCACAGCUCUGCCUCCCACAGCUACUGGACCCACGUAGCCCCAAGACAUUGACACUGUUUCCUUGGAGGGCAUUUCUAGUGGAUGGAGGACCGUUUCCAGUCACUAUCAGCAAUCUAAAUACCAUAAAUUAUAACAUGCAGUUGUGUCUGUGCAGACUGAGUGAUGACGACCGAAAAGUUGCUCAUGGGGAGCUGGUCGGGAUGCAGUUUCUAAUGGAGGAUAUACUGCAGAGUAGCUAUGAUGUUGUUAUGGAAGAUCAUGCUGAAUGGCAAACUGCUGUAGCUAAGAAAAAACAGAAUUUGGCAGAAGUUGAUGAAUCACAUGCCAGUUGGUCAGAGAGCAGCAGAAAGACUUGCAAAGCUCCGCCAAGGCUGCACGAUCCAGUUACUUCACGUGCUUUGCUGAGAUCUUUUCUGAUAACAUGGAAGCAGUUGGAAGUAUUAAAGGCAGAAUGGGGUAGACUUAAACUGAAAGUCGAGGAUAUCAAUACAGUUCCUCUUUACAAACAGUUUGCUGAGCUAUAUGGCACUGACAUCCUAUACCCUGCUAUGAGAGCCAUUGCCAGGCAGAUGGGCACAGAAGAUGAGUUUGAAGGACUUGUAACAAGCUCUCAGUCUAUACUUCCUCCAAAAGGAGCAUCAGAAAUUGAAGUCAAAACACGGCAGCUUCAAAAACUGCUGGAAAGUCUGGAAAUACACAUGAUCCAUGAUGUGAAAAAGAAAAUUAACCAGGAGAUGACAUUAGUCACAUCUGAAAGAGCAAGAGCAGGAAGUGGCCUCCCUACAGAGCUCUGGAAGCAUCGAGUCAUGCAAGAAAACUUCUCAGUUGUAAGACCACAAAUAGUCGAAACAUUUGUUCAGAGACUAAUGGAAAAUUACCAAGAAUCUGAUGUAGAGAUUACAUUUAAAAAAAGCCAUUUACAAAACUGCCUCACUGCACUGGGCUGUGAUGUCAUGGCCAGAGAGCGCAGCAACUUUGAGACUUACUCUAUGUUUUAUGAAAAUCUGCUACAGCAGGAACAUCAGCUACUCUACCAAAAAGAACAGGAACUGCAUGUAGCAGAAGAAGGUGGAAGGCAGACUGAUGUAAACCUUAGUCAGAUAGCAGAGCUGAGUCAUGAGAUGAUUGUGGAAAUAACUGCUCUAAGAGCCAGACUCAAUAAUCUAGAAAAAGAAAAUCUUCGUCUCAAAGAGGAGAUAAGGAAAGAAGUGCAAGAUGAAUUUGAAACGUUAGUACAGAAUCUAUUUGUGACUUGUUUACAUCUAAAAGGGAAGCUAGAUGAUUAUCGCCUUAAUAUGAGCCAACAAGUAUUUGAGAUCAUCAGUGAAGUGAGAAAAGAAGGGGUUGACAAUAUGAUUGAUCUGAAGAAAAAAUUUGGUUCCAUUAAAGAUGAUGAUGAUGAUGGAUUGAAAGAACAUUUGUCUAAACAAGAGCAGCUGCAGGCCUUGCAGGAUGAAAACACCAGACUAGGGGAGCUGGUGUGUAAGCUGAAAGUCCUGAACCGCUGGAAGCAGACUAUUCAGAAGGCACAACUUUCUGUAAAACUGAGAAAUGCAGAGAAGGAGGCCCUUCAAAACAAAGAAGAGUGUUUGAAUGCCAAGAUGCUGGCAGAACAAGAGGUGCUUUUAUUUCGUCAGCAGCUAGUGGCUAUAAGGAAGGCUCUGGCAAAAUCUCAAGCAGACAAUGAAAGACUAAAGAAACAGUUAGAUAAGCAGAAACACUUGCUGCAGGAAGUAGAACAUAGGAUGACUCAAGAAGCCCGGAGCAGGCAACAGCUGGAUGUGAUGAAGGCAGCAAACGUGGAGAAGAUGCUGGAAGACAUGGGGCAGAAAGAACAGAGACUGCAAUGUCUGACCGAAGAUGCUGAGAAAUCUUCUAAAAUAAUGCAGCUUCAGCAAAAACGGAUCAAAAAAGAAAUGCGGCAGAUAAGAAGCCAGUUGAUCCAAGAACGUAGUUUAAAACUGGAUGCCUUCCAGCGGGUGGAUGAACUGCAGUGUCAGGUUUAUGAUUUGGAAGCUGUAACAUCCCAGAGAAACUCACCUGCAGGAAUGAAGAAGAAGUCCACUAAUCUGAUGUCUUCUAGUGCUAGCAGCGCAAGAAGUCCUUUGUCAGGUUCUGCAUCAUGGGCCCAGCGCACAGUGAUCUCAGCAUCCCCUCUACCCAGGGAUUACAAGCAGAAUCCCUUGACUCCAGAUCCCAAAGGCAGCAAUAUAUCAGGAAAGACUGAAAGGCCAAAGACUGUGCCCAGCAGAUGGAAGAACAGAAUGAUAGAUGCUCUUUUACCAGACCUGGCUGAACACACACAACCUCCCAUCCUCAUGCAGCAGUGUGAACACAGGCUGGCCCAAAAGUUUGAGGAUCUGUCAAAGCAACAUUUACAGCAAUGGUUUUCAACCUGUGAUCUGCAGCCUGUACCUAAAAUUUCCAGAAGGGUCUGCACUGCCAUUUGAAAUUUUUUCAGGGUCCAAAAGUGAAAAAUGGUUGAAAGCCACUGGUGUAUGAAGAUUGUAUCUUUCAUUUAAACAUUUACUGUACAGUAGAGUAUGUCCGACCAUAACUAAAAGCUACUUUGAACUGCAUGUAGGAACUGGUUUCAUCCCCAUUUCACAGAAGAAUUCCAGUUAAACUAAAUCUGUGCUUCAAAAUACCAUUACCCACACUGUUUUACUAUAAAAAUGAUGCCCAUCAUUGAUACCUCAGAACCCCCACAGAAGGCCACAAAUAGUUUUCCUAAUGAGGUGAGAUCCUCUUCUGCUACCUGCCCUAAUCUAUUGUUCUGCUCAUAUUUAGUAAUGACCUUACUAAAGAACUCAAAAAUCUGUGCUUGAAUAAUCUCCCAUAUGUUAAAUAAAGUCUUCUAGCGAUAUGCAACUAAAAGAUUUAGAUCUACCUCAUCAUAACACACAGGGCCCCCAAUACUGUAGCCGUCACCAAAAGGUCAGGUUUUUAAAAACUAACCUCCCCUUUUGAAUAUAUUUCAUUAGGUGGUAUAAUUUUAGUUUAAUUUCAAGAUCUAGCCUUUUAAGUUGGACCCUAUAGUUGCUGCCCAACAUGUUAGUGCAGUGUUUUCUCUACAAAUGGUCCAUGGAUCAGCACCAGUCCUUGAGAUCUCCCCAACACAGUUUAGGAAGGAGCAAGCCAGUCCCUCACAUUAAAAAGGCUGAGAAACACCAGAUUAGAGUAUUUUACCUUAACACAGGGUUAUGUCAGGAGUGCACAUUUUAUAUUUUAACUCAGUCACCAGACUUCACAAGUUUCUCUUGUGUAGCUUAUACUUAACAUGACUGAAAUGAAGCCAGUCAGUCAAACUGCUUAAUUUGGCCAAAUCACUAUUUUGAAAUUCCACUGAGCAGUGUUUGUUACUGUCAAGGCAACAUCUCAACAGAUAUUUCACCUUGAUAAAGGUAAUUGUGGCAUGCCAGGUCAUGACUUUCUGGCACACCUACUGUUACUAUUCUUCACUACUUCCUGUCACCUACUAAGUAACAUUAUUUCCAAAUAAGCUUUUCCGAAUAAAGACUUUGUUUUAAAUAAACACUGUCAGUUUAAGUAAAAAA